UGCCGUUCAAAAGAAUAAGUGCGGUGCCUGCCCAUGCCACACAAACCAAGGUUCGGCGGCUUGUUCAAAUAAGAGCAAGUCCAGGUCAUCCUCCUUGCGCCAUGACUACUUCUACUUGAUCCAGCACACCGCACCAACCCAACCCCAUCCACCCAUUUUACCCAUCCUCACCAUCGCCGCCAUCGUCCAUACUAUCGCCAACUAAUCCUCCGUCAUUAUUGGCAGCCCUGGAGUUGACGUCGUGACGAUCGAGCCUCUGCAGUACGAGAUCACGCAAAACUCUUCACCCGCUCCCUCAGCUAACCAGCAACUAUUUAGUCACCCAACCCACCCACUGUCCUCGCGCCCAAUUUCCUUUCAUCGAAAACUCAACACCAUCACCACGAUGCCUCCAUCAAGCAAACCCGCAAAUGCCCAUGGCGCACGACGAAAGUCCUCCAACACAAAGCAAAGCCUCAUCAUACAGUUGAAACUGUCCCCAACCAGCCUCCGCGCCUUCGAUCCGCUUCCGUUCAAAGAGGUCGUCGAGAAAGAGGACUCGCCCGUGAAGGAAUCACCUUCGUCGUCCAACUCCAACUCCCUUCCCGCCACGACCAGCUCAAAUGGCGACAACAAAUCGGACUCGAAUGUCGACACUCCUGUCGCUGUGGGCACACCCGUUCCAUCGGCGAUGCCACCACCUCCCAUCGAGGGACCCAAGAAGAAGGGAACGAAGAGAAGCGCCGCCGUCGCAUUGGGACCAGAUGGACCUCCCAUUCCGAAAGUCAGAGGCAAGCCUGGUCCUAAGAAGAAGGCAAGAUUGUAAGUACACCAUGGCUUUAUUAUUCCUAUCACCAGCUUUCUUCUUUCCCGACAGCUACAUUACAGGUAUCAUUGUAUCUCGCGUAAAGUACAGCCAUCGACCAAGUCAAUUACUAACUGGGUUCUUCUUAGGGAGGAUGGCACCAUUGACCACUCAAGCAGUGCUCCAAGAGCUGCAAAUGGCACCGCACACAAGCUAGGACCCAAGGCCAAUCAAGGUGCUAUCAACGCAGGCCUCCGCGCUCUCGAUAGAACCGGAAAGCCUUGUCGGAAAUGGCAAAAGGGUGGCUUUGUGCUCAAGAGUUUCACUGGAGUCAUCUGGGAGAUUCCACGAUGGAAAGCUCCACCACGUUACAAGGGAGAUGGACUGCCUGAAAGCUCAGCAUCUGGGGAUAGUAGCAAGGAGAACAAGGACAGUCAAGUUGAGAGUGAGAAAAGCAAUGUUGGUAUUGAGGCUGCAAGUUCACCUGUCCCUUCCUUAGCAGCACCAGCCCCGUCUGCUCCUCUUGACGCAACACCAACUCCCCCUGCCAGCCAGACAGUUACUGAACCUAUGGAGGGUAUUGAUAUUACUGCACAGCCACAUACAGGAUGAGUGCUGUUGUUAUCUCUGGCAUGAUGUAUAACAUUUUCUACUUGGAUGGUCUACACAUUCCGGCCAAGCGAUGCCUGUUACCAUCAGGUAUCUUAGGGGGUUGGCUCUACUUUGGAGCUUCGUAAAAUGUAUUACUGUCAUGUUUUUAAUUAUUUGGUUGGGCUUUUGAGGACCUGGGGGCGUUUUGUUGCACAGCAUUAGGGAAACGUCUGUCAACGGGAUGGUGAUAUGGCGUGUAGAGGCACUAUGCUGUAUUAUAGAAGGGCAUCAUUGUGAGGUGCUUCGUGAAUUUACAGCCAGGGUCUUCAGGAUUAUCUUUGUUUUGUUUGAGUGUGAAUUUGCCGUAGUGGUUAUUCUGACACCCUUCUUGAUGGAACUGGAC